AUGCGCAAACCACUCCGAUGCUGCUGGCUGCACUUUGUGCUGAUGCUGAUGAUGUCGCAUCUGAAAGCAGUAUGCAGCGAUCCAGGGGUUGUGCCAUUGCCGCAAUCAAGGAUGGACUUUUCGGUUAUUCAUACAGGAAGUUCUGGUGGAGAUGAUUGUGAUGAGAAUGACUGGACUGUGUGCACUAGGUGUGAGACUUACAGACCACCUAGGGCACAUCAUUGUAGGAUUUGUAAAAGGUGCAUUAGGAGAAUGGAUCAUCAUUGUCCCUGGAUAAACAAUUGUGUUGGUGAAAGAAAUCAAAAAUAUUUCAUACCAUUUUUAGUGUAUGUCGGUACUCUAGCUUUAUACGCGAUAGCCUUAGUAAUCGUGUCUUGGGUAUUUGAUUAUCCACAGUGCAGCAAUGACAUUGCAAUAAAACAGAGUCGCAUUUUACACUGUGUGAUACUAGUUCUCGAAUCAUCAUUAUUUGGAAUGCUUGUAAUUGCAAUUCUAAUAUAUCAAUUCCAAGCUAUUCUUGAUGAUGAAACCGCUGUUGAACGUGUACAAGGAACUCACAAUCAUCAUAAGAAUACUCAUGCUUUUACUCUACUAGCUCAAGUCUGUGGCAAGAGCCAUCCUAUAUUCUGGCUGCUUCUUUGCCAUAAUCCUCCCCGUUAUUCUUGCAGGCGAGAUGAUCAUCUUAUUUGAGAUGACCAUCAAGUUUGAUUAAAUUAUCUAAUUUAAGUCAACAAAAAGAAAGUCUUUUAAAAAGAAAUUGUCAGUCAAGUUGAAAGUUGUAUAUUUAUUUAUCUUAUUUAGGUGGUUUUAGUUUUUAUAAUGAUUUGCUAUUGGAAUGAAUUCAAUUUAAACUCGAUUUAUCUUUUUUGUUCUUGUUCUAAAACAUAAAACAAAGUUUUUCUUUUCUAAAGACAAUAUUGACGAAACGUAAUAAAAUCUUGUGCCACUAUUUUUUUUUAUAUUCUUACCAAAGGCAGUAUCAAGACAUAAAAAAUAAGAAAGUGUCAUAUAAACAAUUAUUAAAGUACAUUAAUUCGAGUACAAUUAAAAUAAUGUCACAAGGUUUCAAAAGCUGUGUUAUGUGUAUCAAUAGGAACUUCCAUGAUUAACAACAUAUUUUAUAUUAUAUCUUAGUCUUUGUAAUGUAUUUUAUAUUUUAAAUUAUGAUUGGAUUUGUUUGCAGUUUCUGUAUUAUACAUGUGUAUAUACACUUACUUGUUUAUGAUAGAUUGUAAUGCAACAAUUUUAUUCAUGAGAAUAUAUUUUAGUAUAUUAAAUAUCUUGAAAUCUUAAAUAUACAUAAGUGAAAUAUGAAAA